AUGCAGCAUCGUCCAAUAACUGGAAUGGGUCUCAAAACAGAAGUUCAUUAUGAGACUGUGGCUGCUCGAAUGGAAAAUUAUAUACACCAUGGACCACAAUAUGCCAACGAUUAUUAUCCGCGAGAAAAUGCCCCCCACAUGCAGCCUGCACAUCACCACCAUCAUCAUCACCAUCGCCACCUUGCUCCAUAUUUCGAUGAUGAUGCCGAAGCUGGAGGUUUUUCUUCUUAUAGAGGUCAUCAAAGAUUUCCACAUGCACAUUGGCAUAUGAUUCCACAGUACAUAUAA